CUAGAGAGAGCCUUCAAGAACCUUCUUCCACCUUCUGCAACAUGCCAACAUCCACGGUAAUACUACCUAAGUAUUAUAGAUAGGCCAAACUAUAACCCAAAACAGAAAAAGAGAAAGAAGAAAAAAUUCUUAUUAUUGAGAGAGAGAGAGAGAGAGAGAGAGAGAGAGAGAGAGAGAUGGGGAAGGCACGUAGUGUUGGCAUAGGCAUGGAUUAUUCUGCAACAAGCAAAUCGGCCCUACGAUGGGCAGUCGAUAAUCUGAUACAAGAAGGAGAUCGCAUCAUAUUAAUCCAUGUUGAGCCUCCCAAAGCUACCAAUACCAGAAAGCAGCUGUUCGAGGACACUGGAUCACCUUUGAUUCCUCUAGAAGAAUUUGUAGAAACUAAUGUCUCAAAGCAGUAUGGACUUACUAGCGAUCCGGAGGUUCUUGAUAUUCUUGAUACAGUUUCUAGAACUAAAGGGGUAUGUAUGCUCUUAAUCUCCUCUUUCCUAUUGUAAAUGACAUUUUGUCUUCGGAGCAAUUUUGUAUAGCCCAAGCAUACAUAUACAAGUAUA